AUGGCAGAUAGCAGCGGGGAUGUUGAUGAACAGGUGGAUUUUGAAGAUGAUAACUAUGAGGAGAUGGAUGAUGCUGUUGAAGAGCAGUUACAUGAAAGACCUGAUGAUGAUGAUGAUGAUGAUGAUGAUAGUGAUGAUGGCGACGGUGAUGGUGACGGAGAUGACGGCGGCGGAGGAGAACAAAUUAUUGUUGGAAACCAGUUUGAGUGUCCACACAGAAGGGUGAACAAGAGACGAUACUCUCACAAAGCCUUCCGUUUGGCUAAAUUCCUCGUUAAAGGUGAUGAUGCUGUUUAUGAUGAGCUUAAGAAACCAGAUGAUGAGAAGACGCCGUUACCAUUAGAUGAAGAUCUUCCUGGAAUGGGUCAAUAUUAUUGUUUACACUGCGAUCGGUAUUUUGCUAAUGUGGCUGUGAGAGAUGAACAUUCCAAGACUAAACGGCACAAGAAGUGGGACUAUCCGAGUAACAAACUGUCAAACCACAGGGAGCACCGGUGUAAUUUCCAAAAGUUGGGGACUGUAUAGGUUAUUUUGCAAAACCACAGAGACUAUCCGUGCAUUUUACUCUUAUUUAAAUGUGUAUAGUAUCCUUUGUGUUUUCUUAGUACUCGUUUGCUUAUGAUGUUUUCUUAGUACUCGUUUGCGUAUGAGAAGUGUUACAUUACAUGGUCCA